AGUGAACCAUUCAUUGGCUCAAGAUCGCGCGCCGGUCAUUUCCGGCAGCGAAGAAACCGGCCAAGAAACCGGUAGCUUAAGUAGGUGGAUCACUUGACACAAUACCUACAGAGUUUUGGUUGCAGCCAUGGCAGGAAAUAAGUUUUGGGGCGGCGGCGCCAGCUCCUCCUCUUCGGACUCGGACUCGGGAUCUUCCGACAGCGAGGAGGAGCGGCCCGUGGUCACCGCCGCAGCGCCACGGAAGAUGGCGCGCUGGGCGGAGGCCUCCUCCAGUGAGGACGAAGGAGUGACACAGCGACGAGUCGUCCGGUCUCACACCGAUAAGAAGAAUGAGCAGAUGCUCGAACAGAUCAAAGUGAUGAAGAACCACAUGAAGAUCGACGACUUCGCGAACACCAUCACGGACUAUGAGACCCUGCUCAAGAUGCUCGACAAGCUCCGCACGCAGGUUGAGGCAGACGGUGGACCUCCAAAGCAGUUUGUCAAGGCCAUCGCGGCCUUAGAAGACUAUGUGGAGAAGACCCACGAAAAGAUCCAGGAGAAGAAAAGCAAGGGGGAGAAGCUGCCGGAGAACAAGGCCAAAGCCUUCAACACCCUUCGAUCCAAGGUGAAGAAGGGCAACAAAAACUACCAAGAUGACCUUUCUCAGUUGAGAGCGAAUCCAGAGGAUUUCCAGUCCGAGGAAGAGCAGAUGGACAGCGCCAGCGAGGCCGCCAGCGACGGGGCGGCCAGCGACGCCAGCAGCGACUCCAGCAGCUCCAGCAGCUCCAGCGACUCCAGCGACUCCUCAGACAGCGACUCCUCCGACAGCGACAGCAGCGACACCGGGGACAGCGACAGCAGUGACAGCGACAGCGAGUCCUUCGACAGCGACAAAAGCGGCAGCGAAGAAGGAGAUGAGGAUUUGGUCCGAGAGAGGAAGAUGUUGCGCUGGCUCAUCACUCCUGAGAAGUUGGCUGAGCGCGAAAAGAAGGCUGAGGUCGCCAAGGCCAAGGAGGCCGAGAAUAAGGAGAAGGAUCAAGCCAAGCGCGCGCGCAAGAAGGACAAGGCUGAGGAGGGGCAGAAGGGCGCUGCACACCAGCGGAAAGGCAAGGAUGAGCCUGAGGAGUACACCUCCAAGGAGCUCACGACCAAAGUCACCGAGAUCGCCCAACAGCGUGGCCGCCGCGGCUUCGACCGAAAGGCUUAUAUGGAGAAGUUGCAGAAGCUGUUGGUUCAUGCUGCCAAGCAUGGUCCGCUGGAGCAGCUCUACAUCUAUGCCUCCAUGGUUUCCGCUGACUUUGAUAACACUGGCAGUGCCUUUGCUGCCAUGAAGAUCGAGAUGUGGAACGAAGCGCUUCAGAAGGUCAACAAGAUGCUCCCUUUGCUCAUUGAGUCGUACAACUUGAUGAAAAGCAACACCGGGGAUGACAAGGCGGCCGCAGGCGAGACAGACUUGGAGGAUCCCAAGUCCCACCCGCGACUCCAGGACCUCUUCCUCUCCUUCGUCGAAAAGUUGGAUGAUGAGCUGUACAAGGCACUCCAAUUUAAUAGUGAUGUCUAUGGAUCUGAAUACCACGAGAUCCUGGGCAACUCCUCCAAGUGCUUGGUCUUGUUGAACCGCACCUUGCGAUACUUCGAAGAGGUGCAGGAGCCACAGCAGUUGGGUUCCAUUGCUGCAAGGCUGAUGGAGCAGCUCUACUACAAGCCGGACACAUUGAACCAGCGUGUCUAUGAGGCCAUCCCGCAUACCAUGCCAGACGAAUCCAAAGCCCACUGGGUUUGGCCCGAUGAUUCGAAGGCUUACAUGGGAAAGCUUUGUCACUAUGU